AUGGCGCCGAGAAAGAAAGCCGCCGCCGGAGCAUCGAAGAAAUCAAACCAAAUCCAGCAACAACCAUCUCAGAAACCCUCCAAGUUUGGCAUCCAGCAUUUCUUCGAACGCCACACGCAAAACUCUGUCUCCCAAAACCCACAAAAACAACAACCCGCCAUUGCAAAAGAAUUUUCGGUCGACGUCGGCUCGGUUCCAGAAAGACCACUCGACCCAGUUGCCAGUACCAGUACUGGUGUUGUAGUUCGCCAGCAAUCUGAUAGCAGCUUCGGUACAGGAAUAAACCCUAGAAAAGAUUUGGGUUUGGAGAAUGCGAACAAUAAUGGUGACAAAAAUCCUUAUCAAAGUACAACUAUUGAGGAUUUGACACCAGUUGCUAGGGAUGAUGCUACUGGAAAUCAAUUGGAGGUUUCGCCCGAGUUCUGCAAGUCUGUUUCUCGCAAACGAAUCAAGUUUUCCCCUGGGAUGUUGAUACACCAAAGCCAGGAUGAUGGAGGUGAUGAGGUCACAUGGAGGAUUUCUCCGGUAAAUGAGCGUCUUCAUGCAUUAACAAAGAAUUUAGUGGAGGUGCGAAAAGUUUUAGGAGAAUCUUCGCGGUUCAACAUUGUGAAAUUCAAACCAAGUUCCGAGAAGGCAUCUGCUGAAAAUUCAUUGAAGUUCUUAAAGGGGAUCACUUUGGGAAAAUGUAACCUUGACCAAGAUAUGAUUUCAUUCUGCAAUAAUGAGAAAGCAACUGAUAAGAAUAAUAUAAACUUUAGGAGUCCUUUUAAGACUCCACCGUCAUGCCACAAUAAGACAGCUGAUAGCGAUGAUACCUAUGAAGAAUCAACUCAGUUGGGUUUAAGGCAACACAAAAAGGCAUUGCUUGAACUUCUGGAUCAAGUAGAAGAUGCAAUUUGUGUUGAAGAUCAAGUAUGCACGGAUAAGAGCACAUCGUAUCAAAAUGAACACUCUAAUGAAAGAUGUGUUGAACCUGAUGUUGCUGUGGAAGGACUUGCAGUUGGCUCAAGUUCAACAAGAAAGGUCAAGACAGAAUCUUCCAAUGUUUAUUUUCUUGUGUUCGAGGUAUCAGAGAAGCAGUUUGUUGGUUCAAAUGGAUCUCAGUGCUCUUCAAAGGUCUUAAGGUUACUGAAUGAGCAAUGUGGAGAAGAGCGUUCUGUGUAUCUGUCAGAUGAGUGGUUUUAUAGUGUCAUAGCACCUGGAGAUACUGUACAUGUUAUCGGUGAAUUCAAUGAGGGAAAAUGUGAAGUGAACCGUGACAACAAUUUUCUAAUUGUUCACCCCGAUAUAUUGGUGUCUGGAACGCGGGUAGCUGGGAGUUUCAGCUGUCCACGCAGGACUGUGCUGGAUGAGAGGUUAAAGAGCAAUGAGCAGUCAGCUUCAGCACUAGUUGGCACCUUACUCCAUCAACUAUUUCAGGCUGGACUUAUUAGGGAAACUCCAACAAAAGAGUUCCUGGAGGAGUAUGCUAGAGUUUUGCUUCAGAAAAAUUAUGAGAGCCUGUAUGCUUGUGGAGUAUAUGAAGGUGAUAUUCACAAGACGAUGAUUGAUGCAAUUCCAAGGUUAUUAAAUUGGAUUUUGCUCUUUCGAGACUCACAGGGCCCUAUGACUCCUAGUGUUGAUUUUGGCUCUGUUGAUGGACAUAAGAAGGUGAAUAUAUCUGAGAUUAUUGAUAUUGAGGAGAUGGCAUGGGCUCCAAAGUACGGGUUGAAAGGAGUGAUAGAUGCGUCUGUGCAUGUAAAAGUCACUUCUAAAGCUAAUGGAACCAAUGAUUUUAUCAUGCCUUUAGAGUUCAAAACUGGAAAAGCUACCAAUGGGCAGGCAGCCAUGGAACAUAGCGCCCAAGUGAUGUUGUACACUCUUCUUAUGUCUGAAAGGUACAAAAAGAAUAUAGAUUAUGGUCUACUAUAUUAUCUCCACACUGAUCAGACACAGGGAAUUGCGGUUCGACGUUCCGAUUUGGUUGGGCUAAUUAUGCGACGUAAUGAACUUGCAAGCGAUAUUUUGAAGGCAUCAACAACGCAACAAUUUCCACCAAUGUUGCAGGUCCCAAACAUGUGCAAAAGUUGCAGGCAUCUUAAUGCUUGUACAAUCUACCAUAAGGCACACAAUGGAAGCAUUGAGGGCAGCGGUUUAGGCGAUGUUUACAGCUCACUUGUGAACCAUUUAACGACUGCUCAUUGUAUCUUCCUUAAGAAAUGGGAAAGGUUGAUUGACUUGGAAGCAAAUGAAUUGGAGGUUGUGAGGAAAGAAAUGUGGAGCUCACAUAUGAAGAGUGCACAGGCAAGUACUUGUCUGUCCUCCAUUGUUCUUGAUACUUCAGACCAAGUCCCACAGAAAAACUUCGCUCAAGCCAACCGGUUUCUUUAUCGCUUUAUGCGCCAAGAUUUGCCUCAACCUCAUAGAAGAGUCCAUGAUGGUGAUGAUUUAAAUCCUUCAUCUUCAGGACAGAACUUGGAAUGCUCACUUAAAACUGGAGACUAUGUGAUCUUGAGUACUGAUCCUGGUCGUCUUGUGGUUGGAAGAGGUGUCAUAAUGGACAUCAGUCGCAUCAAUGUCACGGUUUCCUUCUCAAAGCGUCUAAGGCUUCCAGGGAGCAGUCCUUCUAAAAUCAUCCAUGAUCUUUGUCAAGAGGUUUGGCGGAUCGAUAAAGAUGAAUUUACAGCAUCCUUUGCGACAAUGAGGUUCAACCUCAUUCAAAUGUUUCUACAAGAUGAGAGGAGUUCCCACCUUCGAAGUAUGAUUGUGGACCUUCAUGCUCCUCAAUAUGAUGGUGGUUGUAUAUUCAGUCAAGAUCCUGCUGUAUCAUAUAUUUGGUCAGAGAAGACUUUAAACGACGAUCAACGGAAAGCAAUAUUAAAGAUACUUACCGCAAAGGAUUAUACACUUAUCCUUGGAAUGCCAGGUACAGGCAAGACUUCCACCAUGGUCCAUGCCGUGAAAGCAUUGUUGAUGAGAGGUGCCUCCAUUUUGCUCACGUCCUACACAAACUCUGCUGUUGAUAAUUUGCUUAUCAAAUUAAAAUUUCAGGGCAUUGAUUUUAUACGUAUUGGUAGAGAGGAAGCCGUGCAUGAGGGUAUUCGUGGGAAUUGCAUUAAUGCGGCUGAUAUGCAAAGCACCAAAGAUAUUAAGCUGAGACUAGAUGAAGCCAAGGUUGUUGCGGUGACAUGCUUAGGAAUAACCAGUCCGCUGCUUUCUGACAAGAAAUUUGAUGUAUGCAUUAUGGAUGAAGCUGGACAAAUCACACUUCCAGUCUCAUUGGGACCUUUGAUGUUUGCAUCAAAGUUUGUACUUGUGGGAGAUCAUUAUCAAUUGCCUCCACUUGUGCAGAGUACUGAAGCUAGGGAAAAUGGAAUGGGUGUAAGCCUUUUUUGCAGACUUUCAGAAGCACAUCCCCAGGCCAUUUCAGCUUUGCAAAGCCAGUACCGUAUGUGUGCACCCAUUAUGGAGCUAUCCAAUGCCUUGAUAUAUGGUAAUAGGCUCUGUUGUGGUUCUCCUGAUGUAGCAAAUGCAAAACUUGAGUACACAAGUUCAACAUCUUUGCCAUCAUGGCUGAAUAAGGUUCUGGAUCCACUCAGACCAGUAAUAUUCAUUAAUACAGAUCUUUUACCUGGUUUAGAGGUUAAAGAUUGCAAGACGGUAAAUAAUCCACUUGAAGCAUACAUAAUCACAGAGAUAAUUGAUAAAUUGAGUUGCCAAGGCAUCCAGGGAGAAGAUAUUGGUGUUAUAACUCCUUACAACUCUCAGGCCCACCUCAUUAAACAACAUGUUACACAAUCAGUGGAGAUACAUACCAUCGACAAGUACCAGGGAAGGGACAAAGAUUGCAUAUUGGUGUCGUUUGUAAGGUCAAGCAACAAUCCAAAGAACUGCAAAUCUUCACUGCUUGGUGACUGGCACAGGAUCAACGUCGCCCUCACCCGUGCCAAGAAAAAGCUGAUUAUGGUUGGGUCACAAAGAACACUUUCAUUUGUUCCAAUACUAAAGCUUCUAAUGGAAAAGAUAGAAGAAUGUUCCACUUCCAUAUUGAAUGUUUGUAAGGAGGAUAUUGAUCUUAACAACCACCACAAAGGAGGGCUCAAGAGAUGCUCCCAGUUGAGGUAGUUUUUUUUAAUUAUCUUCACAUACAUUC